AAUUAAUAUACUUAAGUUAGGGUAAUAAAAAAAUCGGUACAAGACUACAAAGCAAAGACACAAAUCAAGGAGAAAACUUCCACAAAUUGUCUCUCUUUCUUUCCUACACACCAAUUUGUUUUGUGAUUCUUUCGAUUGCAUUCUUCUUUUUCGAAUUCCCGAUCACUGGAUUUUCCCGUUUAACCGGAAAAUCCAGUGGAUUAGAUUUUACCCAGUGUUAUCUUUUUGGAUUGGAUUCGAUGACUGUUACGGAGGACGAAAAACCGGUUCUUGAGCUGCUGGUGAGAGUUGAAGACGACGAUGAGAAAGGGCCUUAUGUGAAAUUGAGUGAGGUUUUAGAGAAAGGUCAAGAAUCAGAGCAGGAGAAGGAAGAAGAAAAGACUGAUUCGUCGCGGUUUUGGUUUUGGGUCAAGCUUUCUCUUUUAUUCGCCUUUCUUGCUGCAUUGGCUGUUGUGGGUUACAUUUGGAUCGGUCCAUUGAUCAUGGAUAAGGAGCUUAUACCGCUUAUACAAUGGGAGAUACGAACUUUUACACAUCCUGUGUGUGGUCUUCUUGUUUUUGCAUCAGUGGCGAUAUUUCCAACUAUACUUCUUCCAUCUACACCAUCAAUGUGGAUUGCUGGGAUGACUUUUGGUUAUGGCUAUGGCUUUCUACUUAUUAUCUCAGCUGCAGCUGUUGGUGUUUCGCUACCUUACUUUAUUGGACAACUCUUCUGCCACAAAAUUCAAGGAUGGCUAGAAAGAUAUCCUGAUCAAGCAGCCGUAUUAAGAGCUGCUGGUGAAGGGAAUUGGCUUCACCAAUUUCUAUUAGUAACCUUAAUCCGGAUUUCUCCAUUCCCUUACAUUCUUUAUAACUACUGUUCUGUAGCAACUCGUGUUAAGUAUGGUCCUUACAUCACGGGCUCUCUCUUAGGCAUGGUGCCUGAGGUUUUUGUCGCAAUCUACACAGGGAUACUUGUAAGGACAUUAGCAGAAGCAUCUUCUGCAGAAGAACAGGGUCUCUCGGUAACACAGGUGAUUCUCAACAUUCUCGGCUUUUUAGCAACAGUGGCUACAACGAUUCUCAUCACAAAGUAUGCGAAAAGACAGCUGGAGACGAUGAAGAAAGAGGACGAAGCAUUGUUGCAGUAAAACUGUAAAACCACGUGACAAACUCUGAGCUGCUUUUGUCUCUCUGCUACUUUAUCUGAAACACCCCUUGUCUUCUUACACAGUACAGGUCUCAGGUCUGUUCCUAGAUGUGAAAGAGCUCUGGUUUUUUUGUCCUUGCUUCUUUUAAUCUCAUUUAUUAACAGCCUUAAAAUUUGAGAAGAGAAAAAUGGUUAACAAGGAAAAAUCUAACACAUUACUUUUUUUUUGUAAUUAUUGUAGUCAAGUUUUAUGUUUGGCAUGAAUGAGAGAACUGAGAAGAAUAUUCGUAUAUCUUUGUGUUUUUACUCUGUGGUGAUACUAAUGUUUACUUUUUCGUGUCUGUCCAAUCAAAACAAUGUUAUUUAAAGCUUGUCAGAGAGUAACGUUUAAUAUU